AUGCCUCCUGCACUUGAACAUCCUUUGCCUCAGUUACCCAUUGCCAUUCAUAAAGGUAUUCGCACUACCCGCAAUCCUCAUCCUUUAUAUGCUUGUACUCUUUCCUGUCAUCGAUUGUCUCCUUCCUACUUUUCUUUUGUUUCUUCUUUGGAUUCUGUGUCUAUUCCCAAGUCUACAGGUGAAGCUAUGGCUGAUUCUCGGUGGAGACAGGCGAUGCUAGAUGAAGAUCCAACACGAUUCAGAGCAUUUUCUGCUAUGUGCAUGCCUUGUUGGGGAGGCAAAGAAGCGUUUAUAUGUAGGCUUGAGUUUGUGCCUGCGGAGAAGGAGGCUCUUUUUUAUCAGGUGAACCAGGCUAUUUUGGGCAAUCAUGGCAUAGAUGUGCAGUUUGCUGGAAUCAAAUUCCUUGAAUCGUUGGUAUCAGAAUUUUCUCCAUCUACUUCAAGUGCUAUGGGCCUUCCAAGGGAAUUUCACGAGCAGUGUAGAAGGUCACUUGAGCUGGACAACCUGAAGACAUUCUACCGUUGGACACAAGAAGCCGCUUCAAGGGUCACAAACAGGAUUAUUGAAUCUGACUCUGCUGUACCUGAGGUUAAAGUUUGCACUGCUGCAUUGGAUCUUAUGCUUCAAAUCCUGAAUUGGGAUUUUCAUAGCAACACCAGUGACACAAAAAUAAAUGUAAAUGUCUUCUCUGCUGGAGUUAGAGAAGAUGGCGAUUCUUCCAAAAGGUCUGAAUGCCACCUAGUGCAGCCUGGUUCAGAUUGGCGUGAUGUGUUAAUAUCAAGCAGUCAUGCUGGAUGGCUUUUGAGUUUAUAUGCAGCAUUGAGGCUGAAAUUUUCAUGUGAAGGAUACUGGCUUGACUGCCCUAUUGCAGUUUCUGCUCGAAAGCUAAUUGUACAAUUUUGUUCUUUAACAGGAACCGUAUUUCUUUCUGAUGAUGGUAAAAUGCACGAGCAGCAUCUUCUGCAGCUCCUGUCUGGGAUAAUAGAGUGGGUAGAUCCUCCAGAUGUCGUUUCAAAAGCCAUUGAAAAUGGGAAAAGUGACAGUGAGAUGCUUGAUGGUUGUCGUGCAUUAUUGGCCAUCGCAAAUGUAACAACUCCUUAUGCAUUUGACAGUUUGCUAAAAUCUAUGAGGCCCAUUGGCACUCUUACCUUUUUGUCAAUGUUGAUGUCUGAAGUAAUUAAAGUCCUCAUGACUAGUAACACAGAAGAGGAGACUUGGAGCUGGGAAGCACGUGAUGUUUUAUUGGAUACUUGGACUGCCAUUCUAACGCCAAUAAAUACCAUCAAUGUGAAUGCUUUGCUUCCAUCUGAAGGGAUAAAAGCUGCUGCCAAUCUCUUUGGUUUCAUUGUAGAAUGCGAGCUACGACUGGCCUCUGCAACAGCAUUUAAUGAUGAGGGCGAUUCUGACUAUCUUCAUGCUUCUGUAUCUGCCAUGGAUGAAAGGUUAAGCUGCUAUGCUCUUAUUGCCAGAGCUUCUAUUGAUGUUACAAUUCCUUUACUCGUGAGAGUAUUUUCAGAACGGGUUGCACGCCUUAAUCAGGGCAGGGGCAUUAUUGACUUGACUGAAACUUUGGAAGAACUUUAUUCAUUGUUGCUGAUUAUUGGUCAUGUAAUUGCAGAUGAAGGGGAGGGGGAAAUACCACUGGUUCCUAAUACAAUACAAACCCAGUUUGUUGUUAAUGCUGUUGAAGCAGAUAAACAUCCUGUUAUUUUACUUUCCAGCUCAAUCAUAAAAUUUGCUGAGCAGUGCCUCAGUCCAGAAAUGAGAGCAUCAGUUUUUAGUGCCCGACUUAUGGAGUCAAUUAUAUGGUUCCUUGCAAGGUGGUCUCGUACAUAUCUAAUGUCUUCUGAUGGUAUCGGGGAGAAAAUCAUAGAUUCAGGUCAUCAUCAUGAGCAUAGUUCGAAAAAGGCUUUGCUUUGUUUCUUUGGAGAACAUAACCAAGGAAAACUUGUUCUUGAUAUUAUUGUUCGAAUAUCCUUGAUCACACUUGCAUCAUAUCCAGGGGAAAAGGAUCUGCAGGGACUCACUUGUUACCAGUUACUUCAUUCUCUGGUUCAGCAAAAGCAUAUAUGUGUUCACCUUGUUACUCUGAAUUCAUGGCAUGAACUAGCAACUGCAUUUUCCUCAGAAAAGACUUUACUCUUGUUGGACACUGCUCAUCAGCGAUCUCUUGCACAAACACUAGUUCGUUCAGCUUCAGGCAUAAGAAAUUCAGAGGUGUCUAGUCAGUAUGUAAGAAAUCUCAUGGGUCCUAUAACAACAUAUAUAGUGGAGAUAUCCAGCAAGAAUAAUUUUAAAAGUAUUUCCCAACAACCAGAUAUUCUCCUUUCGGUCAGCUGCAUGUUAGAACGGUUACGUGGAGCUGCGAGUGCUUCUGAACCUCGGACACAGAAGGCUAUCUAUGAGCUAGGAUUCUCUGUAAUGAGUCCCAUAUUAGUUCUUCUUGAAGUGUAUAAACAUGAGUCUGCAGUUAUCUACCUGCUACUUAAAUUUGUAGUUGAUUGGGUUGAUGGACAAAUUACUUACCUGGAGGCCCAAGAGACUGCUGCUGUUGUUAAUUUCUGCAUGCGUUUGCUUCAGCUGUAUUCGUCUCACAAUAUUGGCAAGAUAUCACUAAGUCUUUCCAGCAGCUUACUUAGUGAGGCUAAAACAGAUAAGUAUAGAGAUUUGCGUGCUCUUCUUCAACUUCUCUCAAGUCUUUGCUCUAAAGACAUGAUUGAUUUCUCGUCAGAUUCAAUUGAAGCCCAAGGCACUAACAUAUCUCAGGUGGUUUACUUCGGUCUUCACAUGAUCACGCCAUUGAUUUCUAUGGACCUCCUCAAAUAUCCCAAACUUUGUCAUGAUUAUUUUUCUCUCCUGUCACAUAUAUUGGAGGUUUAUCCUGAAACAUUUGCACAACUAAAUAGUGAUGCCUUUGCCCAUAUACUCGGAACUCUUGAUUUUGGUCUCCACCAUCAGGAUGCAGAUGUGGUUAGUAAGUGUUUGAGAGCUCUGCAAGCUCUUGCUUCUUACCACUACAAAGAGACUGGUAGUGGUAAUAUAGGCUUGGGUGCCCACACUGUGAGUCUAAAGGAUUCGAGUGGGAGUGUUCAGGAAGGUCUUUUGAGCCGUUUCCUCCGUUCAUUGCUGAAGCUACUCCUUUUUGAGGACUACAGUUCGGAUCUAAUCAGUGUUGCUGCAGAUGCGCUCCUUCCGCUAAUCCUUUGUGAGCAAAGCCUGUAUCAGAGACUGGGGAAUGAAUUGAUAGAGAGACAGGCAAAUCCAACACUCAGAUCUAGGCUGGCAAAUGCAUUGCACGCUCUAACAAGUGCAAAUCAGCUUUCUUCCUCCCUUGACAGAAUAAAUUACCAGAGAUUUAGGAAAAAUCUUAAUAGCUUCCUUGUUGAAGUUCGUGGGUUUCUGAGGACCAUGUGAUCAACUGUUUAUGGCUUGUAUUGUAUAAAGUUUCAAAAGAAGAGUUGAGACCAGCAGCUGGAGAUGAAAGUAGAGAGCUAAUGUAUUGGCAGACGAAAUAUCUGGGGUUUCAGAAAACACCGAGUCCUAUCUUCACUGGGCAUGUGUCAGUCAUAUCACUUGGGUUGUUUUCAAAAGUAAAAGCUUUUCUAUGUUUGUCAGAAGCUAUUGAAAAGGCACAAAAGCUGUCUGAAGAUCUUAACAACAAUUCAGUGACAAAAUGGUUGUCGAGUCCAUUCUUUUUUGGCAAAAUGUAUCGUUGUGUAGAUAUAUAUGUUACUCUCACUUAGUUUGGUCAUUGGCAGGGGGCACUCUUUUCAUACCCUAUCAUGUUUGUGCUGUACCGCAAAAGCACACAAUUCGUUCAAGCCCGUUAGUGAUACUAAACGGUUCCCGACCUUGCAAACUUGCGGUUUUAGGGAAGUCGAUUCUUGAGAGGAUUAAAAUGCCUGAAUGAUUUUAUUCAUAUAAGUUUUGCAGUAAUGGUUGUAAUAACUAUAAAUAUGGCUCCAUCGUAGUUUUGGUGUGUCUGCAUCGUAUGUUAAGGUCUAGUUCAUCAAUGUGUACAGUUACAUGUAGCUGUAACUGCAAUCGCCGAGAAAGAAUUAUUUGCGCUGAA